UUCCGUGUGUCACAUUUCGAACAUGUUGAAACCACUCAACGUGACAAGUUCACGAAUCAGCCAAUCAGAGAAGAGCAACAGCACAGCGAUAUUUGAAUAAGCUGCUGUAUAAAUAGAGCACACUGUUCCGUGUUUGGAAUCAUAGAUCUCAACAUGCCAGAUCAGCCGAAAGCCUCCAAGAAGGGCUCGAAGAAGUCCGUCCCGAAGCCGAAGGGCGGCAAGAAGAAGCGCCGCGCCAGGAGGCAGACGUACGGCCUGUACGUGUACAAGGUGCUGAAGCAGGUGCACCCGGACACCGGCAUCUCGUCCAAGGCCAUGAGCGUCAUGAACUCCUUCGUCAACGACAUCUUCGAGCGCAUCGCCUCGGAGGCGUCCCGCCUGGCGCACUACAACAAGCGCUGCACCAUCUCCUCCAGGGAGAUCCAGACCGCCGUGCGCCUGCUGCUGCCCGGGGAGCUGGCCAAGCACGCCGUGUCCGAGGGCACCAAGGCCGUCACCAAGUACACCAGCUCCAAGUGAGGAGCCCCCCCCCCCAACCAAAGGCCCUUUU